AUGGCUAGAACGUGCUAUCGCCAAGGCUAUGGCUACUACCGCUGCGGGAACUCAGCAUGGAAUAACUGGGUACGCUGGGUAGUCCUCGUAGUAGUCGUCGUGGGUUUCUUACUUCUCUUCGUACUAUGCUCUUGCCUUACAGCUCGUCGCCGCCGCAAAGCUGGUCGCCAACCCUUCUACGGCACAGGUUGGGCCGCGCGCCCAGGCGCCUACAACAACAACCAAACCGCCGCACCCUACUACAGCAACCAGCAGCAACCUGCACCGCCAUACUCUGCCGCCACAAACAACAACAACGGUUACUACGGCGGCGGAGGCGCGAAUAGCAGUUACUAUGGCCAGCAGAACGGUGUUGAGCUUCAGACUCCCCAGCCUACGUAUGGUGGAGGGUACGCGCCACCGCCUGGCCCGCCACCACACAAAGCUUGA